AUGACAGAAGUGAAAGGAACUCCCAUCAUUAAAGGUUCACGAACAAUGCAAAUAACUGGCUUAUAUAAAGGAAGGGCAAUUAUUAUAAAAGACUCUUACAGUGUUAUAAAUAAGAAGCUUAAACUAUUUCCUGCUAUGUUUAACUUACAAACAGGACCGAAAGAAGUAUUUCCAUACAACUACUACAGCAGUGUUUUGUUAGCAAAUGACAACAGAACUGGUGUCAUUUCUGAAGCAUGUAAGUUUAUCCGGGAUGCAGAUACAUUCAUGAAAAACAUAGAUUCCAUCAAAGGUUGCAGAAUAGAUGAGAACCACUUCGACUUAGAAAAGUAUAGCACAUUUUAUUGCAAACAAGAUGUAAGAAUUUUAAGAGAAGGUUUUGUUAAGUUCCGCAAUGACAUAUUGAAAGAAUUUGAUUUAAACGUUUAUGACUACGUUAGUAUUUGUUCAAUUGCUAACAAAUUAUUUGAGAACAGAGUGUACUUCCCGAAUGGAAAUUUAUAUGACCUCUCAAAUAAACCAAGAGAAUUUAUUUCACGCUGUAUUCAAGGUGGAAGAUGUAUGCUGUCAGAUAACAUUAAACAAAAGAGCGAAAAGAAACUCAUUGCUGACUUCGACGCUGUUUCAUUAUAUCCAUCAGCUAUAGCAAGACUUUAUACUUUAGAAGGUAUUCCAAAGGUUAUGAAGAAAGAAAUGUUAAGCACAGAGUAUCUCAUGAGACAUUUAUUCGAUGACGACCAAAAGGAACCCAUUGGUGAAAAGUUUAUGUCUGGCUUCUUUGUUCUCAUUAAGAUAACAGAGAUUGGAAUACAUAGACACUUUCCUUUAAUAGUUUGUGACCCUGAACUAAAUCCAGAACUUAACGUUCCCAGAAGUUCAAACACUUGCUGUUUAAUGUAUGUUGACCAUAUAACAUUACAAGACCUCAUAAAAUAUCAAGGUGUCAAAUGUGAAGU